AUGCACACCACAGCUCAAUUGGAUAACCACGAGUUGGAUGAAUCGCCAGCCCAAGCGCAAGCGCAGGCACAGAAACGCUCCAACUCCGGCAUGAUCUUUCGCAUCGAGCAGUUGCUGCCGGGCAGCGUGACCUCAGCGCCAGCCACAACGACAGCCACUACAACAGCAACCACAACGACGACAGCAACAUAUGAGAGCAGGGAACCAGCUGCCAAGCGUAUGCGCUCCAAUCUUCGACCCGGUGUUUACACCGCCCAAUACACGCCAAAGGACACGUGCUCGAAUGGCGUGGCAACAGUCAGUUUGCUCAGUUGCAUGGCCACGCCCACGCCCAGCGAUGUGCACGCCCACUGCGAGCUGUUGAACGGUGAACUGGCCGUGUCGGCAACGCUUCUCAGGCAGAUCAAACUCUCCGAGGACAUAUACAGCUUCAAUGCGUUGUUCGAGCUGCACGCGGGUCAAUUGCGCAUACGCCUAGUGCGCGAUGUGGCACGUGACGAUGAAAUUGUCGCCUGGUUCGGCGAAGAGCUUGUGCUGCUUAUGAGCAUUCCCUUUCUCACGCCAUUGAACAUACAAGGCAACAAUCGCUACACUUGCCACUUGUGUCAUCUCACCUUUGAGACGCCGCAUCCAUUGAAGAUACAUUUAGCUCUCAGUUGUGGUCGCAGUGUAAUGGACUUGCUCUGGAUGCGAUUGCAUUACGCGCUUAAGUCAGCCACACGUUCAGCAGCCACGCCCACCACUUUAACUCUAUCGCCUCCGCCUGCAACUUCCACAUCCACCUCUUCGGCAUCCCCCACACGCACGCCACCUCCGCCUCCAACAACACUGUCAGCACCUACACGCUUCUCCGCCUUUCGACCCAUGAGCUCGUUGCCUUCAUUAUCACUGCCGAUGGCCAGCACUCAAGCCACAGCCUCUGCCACACUCUCCUAUCUGCCCUCCAUUUCCAUGGCAGCUCCACUAGCUGGGCAUCCGAUGAAUGCGGCCGCGCAGAUCGAGGCAAUUGUCAGCAAUAUGGGUGCCUCCAAGCAGGGUCAUCUGUGCAUCUACUGCGGCAAGGUUUAUUCCCGAAAGUAUGGCCUCAAGAUUCACAUACGCACUCACACAGGUUUCAAGCCACUCAAGUGCAAGUUCUGCCUGCGUCCCUUCGGUGAUCCCAGCAAUCUGAACAAACAUGUGCGCUUACAUCUACAAACUCAGCCCUCGGGCAGUGGUGAAAUGGAUAUCAAUGUCGAUGACGAGCCAGAGCCCGGUUUCCAGUGUCAAUUGUGCCACAAAACAUUGGCACGUGCGAGAGAUUUGCAGCGGCAUAUGGAAACGAGACAUGGCGGCACUUCAACGCAUUCAACUAGCAGCACAGCGACGGCAACGACAGCAACAGGCAAUCAGAGCUGA